AUGUCACCAGGAAGGCGUGCAUUGCGACUGCCCACCCCGCUCCACCUCGUGCGAAGAAGGGAAACGUCCUGGCACUCGGAUCUCUCUGUCAAGGUUCACGCCUGUUGUGAGCCUCGGAGUUUCAGAGCCUCGGAGGGUGACGAUAGUCAAAAGGGAAAGGGCUCGAAGUUUCUGAAGAACCCUGGCCGAACCAGCCAGGAUCUGAACAUGGAAUCCUGCAGCCAGAUCCCAGCGGCGGCGUGGCAGCAGCUCGAGGGUGCCCAUUGGCCGAAGCUGACGACGGUAAACUUCGAGAAGUGCUUCGGCGACAAUUUCAAGGGCGCCGAUGGCGUAGCCGGGCUCCUCAGGGCCCUGGCCCGCUGCCCUGAGCUGGAGGCUCUCGGCAUGAAACACUGCAGCCGGAUCCCAGCGGCGGCGUGGCAGCAGCUCGAGGGCGCCACGUGGUCGAAGCUCACCUAUGUGGAGUUCGAAGGGUGCUUCGGCGAAAAUUCCAAGGGCGCCGAUGGCGUAGCCGGGCUCCUCACGGCCCUGGCCCGUUGCCCUGGGCUGAAGGACGCGAGCUCGUUGAGUUUGCAGUAG